AUGAAAAUUGUGUACCCCUGGUUGAUCCAUGCUACCGGCUGGGUGCUCCGAAACCCCAAACUUUUCAUUCUCGUGCCCAUCCUCGUCAUAUACAUCUUGUCCUAUGGCGUUGUUCACGAUCUCACCGUGAGGCCUAUAAGCCUGGCACUAUCUUUGGGAGAAGAGGGUCCAGAGCUUGGUUUUGGCUCCACGGGAGAGAUAUACGCUAAAGUGAAGAAUGGAGAUUUCCUGCUUUCCCGAAUCUCCCUCCUGGCGCCGGCAAGUGUGGUGGAUUUCCCCCAUAUGCGCCAGAUCCACACUUUGCAACACAAUCUCGAAGCCCACAACGACGUCUACGUGCUCCUGCCGUGGCACACGUGGCCCAAGGGGCUGUGGCAGAAACAGCAGUACGAGGCCUCGGCGCUACGAGCGUUGAACCACCGCUUCAAGCCGGAAUUGGCCUCCCUCUUCUUCGAUGAGCUCCACAAGAGAAACCACUUGGUCACGGCAGCGGGCAAGGUCAAUCUAUAUGUUGUGCACCAGGGCGACCUCCCGCUGCUUUCCGUGGAAAAGCCUCUCCAGGUGCUGUUCUACGAGACUUCCAAGGCACAAAACGCCGCUAAAGAGUUCCUCAGGUACUUCCGCUACUUACAAGGAGAGCUGCUCCCGCUCAGCAUGCUCAAUAGGCUUGCAGCGUUCGCCCAAACGAUUCUCUGCAUUGUCUUUGUUUUCCGGGUCUACUUCAGCAUCUGCAACCAGCACAAGAUCCGGUCCAACUUCGGUUUGAUCUGCGGCUGGCUCGUGGAAGUUUUUUUGGCCAGUGCCGGCUCCUUCAGUAUCUUGGCCUCUUAUAAAGGCUUUCAGGAGUGGCUGGCGAUGUUGGGCCCGGUGAUCAGCUACGGAAUGGGGACGUACGUUUUGGCUGUGAUGCUCUUCAGCUCCAGGACUCUUUUCCGUACUGUCAACGAUUUGGCUGGCGAUAAUUCCAUGGACGGCCACGACACGCUCCACAGACGGCUUAUCCGUUUUUACAUUGGCAUUAACAACAGCGUCAGCAACUCUACAGACUCCAUUUACAAGCUCACCCGGUUUGUACGCAAACGGUGCUUUGUCGACAAGUUCUCCUCGAACAUUCUACCUGUUCCCAAUUCGUUUGUGGUACUUUGCCUUAAUUUGACGGGACUCUUCUUUGCCUUCGGCUUCUUCUUGGGUCUCUUGCACAUAUUUUUCCUGGGCCUGGAGUGGCAUCUCUUGGUGGACAAGUACUUGGUGGCUCUUGAGGCAAUGGCAUUGGCAUUGGCGAUUGAUCAUUUCCUUCAACAGACGUUUCUCGUUGGCAUUAUUUUAAUUGAUCUCAAUCGUGUUGAGCUCACGGACUUGCUCAAUAAGAACCCCAGCUUUUACGAUGCCGAAUUCGUCGAGUCCAUGGGCGAAAUCGACCCAAUUUCCUCCUUCAUGCUAGGACUUCGUGGGCCACUUUGUCGUCCAACGCCUGGCUCAUUCAGACACAUCUUGGGGACCCACUUUUUAAAGCUUUCACCAGCUUCUUCCAUGCGUUUCUGGUUUGGCGAUGUCAUGAGUUUCUUCUGCUGGAACUUUUUCUGCCAGAUCUUCACGACAAUCUUGGUCCUUCCAUAUCAGUUGCUUUCCGACCCAGCUCAUGUCGUGAAGCUCGGAUACCAGGCAUCAGGUAAGCAUUCAUACAACGCUCUCUUCUACUUGGAGGUCGCUGUCACCAUACUUUUCAUAUUUGCCGUUUCAGAGUUGACAUUCACGCUCACAUACUCUCAGAGACAGCGCAAGGAGGUCGAUCCUACCGCCACUUUGGUGGCAUCCUCCCAUUUGGAGUACAACGAGUUGGCGCAAAACGAGCAGACAAAGUACUUUGAAAGCAUCACUCUCGAUAACGGCCAUAACAUCGAUGUCAUUAAGAUUGCCACAAACUCGAAAUCCUCCUUUUUGGUAUCGACAGAUUUGGACAGGAAAGUGUUGGUGUGGUCUCCCUUGAGUGUGGUUGAGAAAAAGACCCCCAUGAGCAUUUCCACCACCAUCGACACGAUUCGUGGUUCUCUUCACCCAGAGUUCUGGCCUAUCAGCAUGAUCGAAAUAUCCGACGAGGGAAACUACAUUGUUCUUGUGAACAACCGCCAUUCUGUCAUCAAGUGUUUCGACCGUCAGCUGUUAUCUUUCAUUUGGGAAAUCAACCUUGCAGCCGAGCUUGGCCUCACGCCAAAAGAGUUGAAACCCAUGCUUGCAUUUUUCCGUAAGAAGACUAUCGCCGGCUUCUUAGCCAGAAAGCUUCUUAUGAAAAAGAGGAACGGUUCUGACGGUAGAAGGUCUAGUGUGAGCUCUACAGCCUCAUCCUCUACAAUCACAGGAAACUUUCCUCCACCACCUCUUCGUGAUGACGAUUUAGCAGUGGAGGACAAAGUAAGAGACUUUGAGCAGUCGCUCAACAGAGACGAGUUUGUGAUGGUUUUCGAAAACGGGCACAUGGUGACCGUCAACUGCACUGAUCGCAAGAUCAAGCAUUAUUACAUGUUCGAGGAUGUCUACGGCAAGGGCCUAGUUUCCGAGAACCUCCGAGUCACCACCGCAAAGCAGUUGACCACCUCCAGAGUCAGCGACAGAAUCAUCUGUGACUUGGUAAAUGGAGAUAUCAUUAUUGCCUCUGCGGUAAGCAAUAUUUGGAAAUUCUCCAAGCUCAAAACCAGCAAGGCCCAGUUCAACAACAAGCAAAAUGCGAUGAUAAAGGCACCUGGCGUGCCGAUGUCCAGAACUGCUACAUCCAUGGAUACCGAGUUUCUGUCGAUUUUCAAGCAAAACUUCACCAACUCACCGAAUCCGUACCCGACAGAGCUUCCAACGCCCAAGAGGCGUUUUGCCGCUAUCAAUCACUAUACCAUCUUCACAAUUGACUUUGUGGGUAUGGUUGUGAGGGUCCGUGACUUAAAGGCCGAGCUUUUGGAUAUCCAGACUGGCAUCAUCAUCAAGACCUUCUUCAUUGGUCAUUUCAAGCCCGGGCUGUUCAGAGUGAUACAUUCGGAACCUACCCAUUGCAAGUUCUGUGGAUGUGCCUCCGUCGAAACAAUGUCGUUAGUUUACGAGGACUUCUACGAUCCUACGCUCAUUGUGCACACAUUCUUGUUGGAGAACAAGAAGUCCAGAAACAACAUCUGCCUCCGUGUAGAAAGAGACCCUCGAGAAAUCCGUUGUUUGGGUUUCGACGCCGUUGUCGAAAAGCAGUACUGGUACCAUAACAUUGAAAAAUGGGAGGCUACGGAUAUGAACGUGGUGAUGGGGAUCCGCAGAGCCGGAACGAAAAACUCCGACGAGGUGGAAAUCAGAGACGAAAAGGCAAGCCACAACGAAGAAUUCUCUCUGCUUAGAAGAAGAAGAACCAGGGCCCCAGCAUCACCCGAGCGGCCCUCCAUUAACGACGUUUGGCAAGGUUUCGUGGUGACUGUUCUGAAUGGACAGUUUCUCGAGUACAAGAUACCUUUCGGGGAAGAGGAGGACGAAGCCGAGUUUGCGUGUGUCAGGCCCAACGUUAUUGCCAAAUACGGCUACAAAGCCGUGGCGCUAGCGUUUGGCCGCAAAAUCAAGAUUCUCUACUUGGGCGGUGGAAAGUUGAUUGAGAGUGACUUAUACUACAAGGGCUCGCUGAGCUCGCUUCAGCCCAAUCUGCAGCCUGGAUCCGACGGAGCGGUCAACCGGAACGACUUGUUGUUUAUUAACAAGAGACGGCGUAUGUUGGAGCGCAGAAAGAAUCGAGAUUGA